AUGUCAUCUAAUGUUUCAAAUGGUGGAAUAACUUUUAACAAUACAUUAAAUAAGGAAAUUCGAUCUUUAGAAAAUAAAUUAAUUAAAAGUCAAGAAACGAAUGAUAAAAAGAAUGUAACUAAUACUACAUUACCUUCUUUGCCUUCAACAAUUAUCAUAAAAGGUGAUAAUGAAAAGAUUCAAGAUAAUAAUAGUUGUUGUUGUAUACACGAACUACUAUCAAAUGAUCCUAUACUUAAGACCCAAGUUUGUAACCUUAUGUGA